CAUUGCCCAGCCCAGGCUGGGAGCUGCUGUGGGCAUUGCAGAGGGUGGGCAGGGCCUGGAUAGGGGGUGCGUCAGGGAGACACAGGGGAAGAGGAAGUGUCUUGGGCCCUGGGGAAGACUGCCUUGUCUCAGUAGGUGGGGGCGGUCAUUUGUCAGCUUUCUGGACACACAGACAGAGACAGACAGGAUGGAUUUCCUCCGGCUACAUCUCCCUGGGCUGCAUCAGGCCUUGCGGGGGGCGCUGGAUUCCCUCAGCUCCUUUGUCUCCUACCUCAUGGGAGAUGAAGUCCCUACUGCAGACAGGAAGGCGGAGAGGGCGGCGGAGGACCUGGGAGAGGUGGCUGCGGGAAGGCAAGGGAGACCUGAACAGAAGGAAGCCCAGGAGGCCCUGGAGGGCCUUGGAGGCAGCCAGAGCCAGGAGGAUGGAGAGCUCAGAGGGCCCAGAGAAGCUGGAAGACGCCAGGAGGGAAGUUCAGCUACAGAACAGACCUGGGCUUGGGAAGAAGGCAGCUCCCACAGGUCUCAGGCAGAGAGGCAAGACACUGGGGUCCAGGAGGCAGCCAAGGUUGCCAGGUGCCAGGAACCAAGGGCCCACUUAGAGGCCAGAAAGGAGUCCGAGGCAGGGUCUGAGGCUGGUGGAGACAACAGCAGCCAAGCCCAGGAGAGUCAAGGGCCCAGUGAGCAGGAAGUGAAGAGAGAGGAGACACUAAGAACCCGGGAACAGGAGGAGGAGGCGGAAGAGGUCAGGGAAAGAAAACCAGAGGUGGCCAGGAAGGCGGAGUCAGAGUGGACCUGGCACAGGGAGCCUGAGGGGGUGGAAGGUGCCGAUGGGCAGAAGGUAGCAGGGGACAGCAGGAAGUCUCUAGAACCGGCCAAGGAGGCAACUGCAGAGGAGAUCCGGGGGUCUGCAGCCAAGCAGGCCAGGCAGGAAGAAGAGCUGAUGGUGGUCCUAAGGGGUAGUGAAGGCACAAGGGCACAGGAAGCACAGGAGUCGGGGACAGAAUGUGAGGACAGGACAACCUCAGUCAGGGAGGUGGACGGGCCAGCCUCAGUCAGGGAGGUGGACGGGACAGCCUCUGUCAGGGAGGUGGACGGGCCAGCCUCAGCUGGAAAGGAGGCUGACCUCUCCGGAGCCAGGAUGACAGAAUAUGGGGAAGUCUCAGGAGAAGAGCCCUCAGAGGGCACUGGGAAGACUUGGGCCUUCGGGGAAGCCUCCAGGGGAGAGCAGGAGGAGCAGGCCGAUGAGAACAGAGAGGCUGAGAUGAGCUUUUCCCCCAAACAGACCCGGGUCCUGGGGACUGAGAGCGCAGAAGAACCAGCUAAGGAGCAGCGAGCAGGGGCGGAGGCUGCAGAGGGCCAGGGGUCAGAGGGGGAGGUAAGGGAGGGCUUUGAGGUCCAGGAAGAUCAGGGAGCGAAAGACGCUGAGGGGAAGCCAACCUCAGUGAUCAGGACUGUUCCAGCCCGUCUGGAGGAGGCAGUGGCGGAGGAAAAGGCCAAAGAGGAGGAAAAGGGCUGCCGGGUCUCAGAGGCUGCGUUGCCCAAGGACAACCUGGCAAAUGAGCCUGAAGAGGAUGCUGACCUUGAAGGGGCCCCAGGGGCCAGCAGUCCUGAGAAGGAGUCCAGCGGGGAGAGGAGUGAUGGGGAGGCUCAGACAGGCGGAGCAGCACAGGCGUGUAGUGGGGCGGGGCGGGGCGACCUUGAGCAUGAAGUCACGGAAGGCCGGGCACCUGAGCUGGUGGCAGGCCCCCAGACCCUGGCGGAGCAGCCCGAGGAAGAGCUCUGGGAAACUUCAGCCCUGAGCGAAGAGGAGACGGCAGGGAGCCCGGAGGAAUUCCCCGGGACCAUGGGAGGCCUGGGUGGGGCAGAGGCCUGGGAGAGCCAGAGAAGGGACACCCGGGAGGGAAAAGCAGAUGCAGAAGAGGGGGAGGUUGCAGGAGGCUGGGCACCGGAGGAGCCCGAGGUUGGCCGAGAGUCUACGUUCCCAGAUGUCCCAGAGGCAGGCGGGGAGGGGAAGAAAGCCCAAGAAAUAGGAGCAGAGGAGGGAGAGACCCUUGGAGCAGAGAGCCAGGGGCUGGGUGGAAGACAUGGGGUAGACGCAGAGACAGGCCAGUCCCUGGGAGAGUCCGAUGCCGGAGAAACCAAGGAUGAGGAGGCGGAGGCCGCGGUGCCCUGGGCGGCAGACCCAACACCCGGUGGAGACGGGAGGCUCGAGGAGGCCACGCUGAGCCUCCAGGACAGCGAGGACCCAGGGGCCGGUUCUUUGGCGGCUGAGAUAGCAAGGGAUGAUGUAGCUCUGGACGGAGGGGCCGCGGGGGCGGGGGGAGGGCCGGCAAGAGAGGCUGGGGAAGCUUGGGGCUCCGAAGGGAGACAGGAGGUUCCGGGAGGCGUGGAGCUGAUGGAGGUUACACGGGGAGGACGCCGAGGCCGGCUGGGAUUUGGCCCAGAGGGCUCAGCAGACGAGGAGGUGGCUGGCAGAGGGGCCCAGGCAGAGGCUUUGGAGGCCAGAGAGGGCGAGCCCAGGGGAGAGUGGGUGGAGGUCGGGGAGCCCGCAGUGGAGGAAGGAGGCUGUGGGAUGGAUGGCUUUACCUCGGGCUCCCAGGUGGUGAGGGCAGAGGGGACCGUGACCACAAGGGAAGCCGAGGGGCUCCCGGGGGGACAGACGCUGUUGAAAGACGAGGCUGUGGGAUGGCCAGUGAAGGAGCAGGGGCAAGGCAGUGAGGGGGGGUGUGGGGAGCACCGACCCGAGGAAGAGGCAGACGGACCCCUUGACGUGGAGGAUGCUGAGGAGACUGAAGGCCGGAGAGCAGAGGCCGAGGAGAUUGUUCCAGAAGGCCUGGAGGAUGUCCAGGGCCUGGAGGACCAGUCAACAAGCCAGGAGCCUGCAGAGGCCAAGCGUGGGCCCCACAGGGAGACGGGGGCGACGGCAGGAAGCGCCGGAGGGGGUGCUCACGGCCUCUGGAGUGAGGCCCUGCUCCCUGGGGCUCUCCUGGACGUCUCCGCCUCCCGGAGCCGGGUCCUCCUGUCUCGCAACUCCUCGCUGCGCCGCUCCCGGCCCUCUUCCCGACGGACCCGUGGGCCUGAGCGGCAAGAGGUGCCUCCCAGCCCCCCACCAGAGGAACAGCUGUCAGCCCCGGAGCAGAGACUUCUCCAAGCAGAGGAGCCCCCAGAACCUAGCCCCCCAAAGCCUGAAGGGACCCCACUGCCAGCCAGGAGAAGGCCCCUGGGACGUGGGUUUGGCCUUGCACACACGGGUAUGAUGCAGGAAUUGCAAGCCCGCCUGGGCCAGCCAAAGCCGCAGUGAGGGGCCCCUGAGCCCUCCGGGAGCCUGGCCCCGCGUGGGGGUAGAAGGACUGCCGAAUCCUGCGUCGCCUCUCUCCAUCUGCCACUCUGGACACGCUGUUUCUGCCUCUGGGCCUCAGCUUUUCGGUGUGUUAUUCAUGGAGCAGACAGAACCAGACGCCUGUGAGAACCAGGAACUUGAGGAGCGUGACCCGGUGAUGCGGCCCACCAGGACCGCCUCUCACGGCAGGGGCCCAGCACCUCUCCUGUCUGUCUUGGCCGUCUGGAGGACGGACGGGGCGCGACGACUCUCCGUGCAGCCUUGCCUCCCUGAUUGCUCCCCAGACCCCACCGGGGGCCUUCCGGGGAGCUGUGGAACAGUCACGCCAACCUUGGGGGUGGGAACUGGCCCAGAAGAAGGAGGUCCGUGGCGCCUCUGAGCUCCAUUUGCGAUGGGAAACAGAGGGGCACCGGAGACCUUGAGCUUUCCAAAAUCUCGCAACUCUGCUAGUCACCAUGGAAACCACCAGCCCAGCAAGCCAGAAUAGAGGAAGAAGCCCCCAGAAUUUAGGAGCAGAAAGAGGCCCAGGGUGGCCAGAGGCUACUGACUCCUGUCCGUCGGGGGUCAGGUACCCCUUCUUUGAAAAGAAGAAGCCAAGGGAGGAUGAGAGUGCUUUAUUAGGCACCCCGCGUGGUGGCCUGACCCAAGGACAGCAAGCAGGCUCUGAAACAAUAAAUAAACCAUCAUUUCCCUAAACAAUAAAUAAAUAUCCAACAAAUAAA